GCGGUGCAUGCCGGGAGGGCUGCUGGAGUCGCGGUUCCGGCUCUGAAUAAAAUUCAUAAAUAAUAAAAUAACGAGUAAAAGUCGUCUGGUCUAAAUACGAUCACAUCAGCCAAUGUCGAUGCUGUGCUUUUGCUGUUCAAACUCGCACAUAUACUGCCCUACAGGUGGAUAGCCAUUUGUACUGAUAAGUAUGCUUCCACUGGAGGAUUUGAACCCAGACUUGCAGAAGCCCCUGGACAGCGACUCUGACAGUGGCCAGGGCAGCUGUGAGACAGCAUCCCCAGGGCCACUUGGCAAGAGCACAGCAUCCUUCGAGGACAGAGAUUCAGAAGAAGAAAUUUUUGUGCGUAAAAAAGCAAAAAACCAGAAGGUGCUUGAGGACAGUGAGAGUGAAGAGGAGGAGGGUGGAGACUCACCUGUGCAGGAAGAUGCUUUGGGUGGAGACAAGGGAAAUGAGGGGGAAAAGCAGAACAUUACUGCUGAAAAGAAGAAAUCCCAUCGGAUCCUCCCAGCCAUGCUGGACAGUGAUGACAGUGACACUGGGGACCCAGUGCAGAUUGAAAACCUUGAGACAGGCAGGAGCUCUGCCUUGCCUGAGGGUGAGCAGGGAGAGGAGAGACCCCUAAAAUCUGGGAAAAAGUACAGAAAGCAUAAACAUAAACGCAGCAUUGAAGAGGAGCCAGCAAAAGAAGCUGGAGCAAAAUCCAGAAGGAGAAAGGAGAAAGAGAAAAUAAUGGAGUCAAUUAAACAGCUGAGGAAGGAGAAGAAGCCUGUGGCAGAGCAGGUGGAUGGUGGUGAGAGGUUUCCCUUCAAUGACAGUGGAUGUCUUCUGGAUGACAAGGACCUCUUUGAUAAUGGCUUGGAAGAGGAGGAUGAUCAACCCCUAGAGGAUGAAGAGUCCUUAGAAUCCAUACGAGCAGCUGUGAAAAACAAAAUAAAACAAUACAAGAACAAAGAACGUUUUCCUGACAGUGAAGGCUACAAACAUGUAUUUGAUGAGGAGAAUGAGGAGGCUGUAUUAAAGGAGCCAAAAAGGAAGGAGCGGAAAGCAGCACGGUUGAGUAAAGAAGCCAUUAAACAGCUACACAGUGAGACCCAACGGCUUCUGAGAGAAUCAUCUGUGUCUCUCCCAUAUCACGUGCCUGAGGCCAAAAGUGUUCAUGACUUCUUCAAGAGCAGACCUCGACCAGCAUGUCAAGGAAAUGCCAUGGCCCUGCUGAAGUCCUCUAAAUACCAGCUGUCCCUAAAUGAAGAAUCUGCAGCCAUUGGGAGCUUGAGCAAGGAUUGCAAAGAUGGGCCAGUGGAAGGUGAUCAGUCAGCAGCUGCUGAGCCAGAAAUGAACCUGGCCAGAGAUGUUGAUGCUUCUGUGACUGAGCCUCUUGCUGCUGAAGGGAAGAACUUGCCAGAGGACUGUGCUGAGCAGCCCAGGCAGGACAGGGAGGAUUCUCAUGUAGUUACAGAGACUGUAACUGAUGAUAACACAAAGGAACAGCAGCUCUCCAUCUGCCUGAGCACUGACUGUGAUGAGCAAAAAGAGAGUGAAAUUCCUCCAGCAUCUGGAGAUGCCCUCAUGGAAAGAGGAGAAACAGCACCAGAUGUUCAAGGUGAAACAAACACUCAACAAGUGAGGCCUGGGCUGGUGGCACAGCCUGAAAAAGUGAGGAAAUCCAAGCUGGAUAAACUUCGUGAACUGGGAAUAGACCUGUCCAUCCAGCCCAGAAUCUGCUCUGACAAUGAAUCCUUCAUAAACCUCGAUGAAGCUGAUUCAAAUAAAGAACUAGAAGCCCUGAAAGCACGUUUCUUGAAGCACACUCUCCAGACAUCAAAAUCCAAAGGGGAACGGGCCAUAAAUAUGAACAUUAUCCGUAAGGAAGCAACAUCUGAUGGGACAGAGGAGCUGAGAGCAGAUGUGGUGCCAGCGGUUUUGGCUGCAGAGAGCCUGGAGGAAACAAUCCACAAAAAGCCAGGUGAAAAGCUGCAGGCCCUGAAGGCCAAGCUCCAGGAGGCCAUGAAGCUCCGCAGGACCGAGGAGAGGCAGAAGCGGCACGCGCUGUUCAGGCUGGACAAUGAGGAGAUGCUGGAGGAAGAGGAGGAGGAGGAGGAGGAGGAAGAGAUGACAGAUGAGUCUGAGGAGGAAGAAGAAGAAGAAGGUGAUCAUGAGAAUUCAGAAUUUCUCCUUGAUGAAGCAGAGGAAGAUAAUGAAGAUACAGAAGAGAAACACACUGAAGAUGGUGAUAAAGAAACUGACAAUGAAUCAACUGAUGGGGAAAAGCUGGAGAAAUCUGAACAUGGUGAUUCUGUUCUAAAACAUCCUUCAACAGAGUCUACAUUGAUGCUUUUCAAGGACAGCUCCUCAAAAAUGGGAUAUUCUCUUCCUGAUGAAAAACUGGAAAUGGAAGAAACUGUAGACAAAGGACCUACCAAGUUAGAGGAUGAUGAUUCAUUUUCUCUACCAGCACUGCCAAAGGAGAACAGCCACAACAGCAGCUUUGAGUUCAUUGGCUCCAUGAUCCCAUCCUACCAGCCCUGUAACAAGCAGGCCUCGAGGGGAGGGAGCUUCUUUCCUGCAGCAGGGGGGUUCAGGUCACCCUCCCCAGGUUUCUUCAAAACAAGUUUUAUCAGCUCUGCUUCCAAGAGCUCAGGAAAGACCUCUGAGCCUUCUCUUCCCAUAGAAGAUUCCCAGGACCUCUAUAAUGCCUCUCCUGAGCCCAAGAGUUUAUUUCCAGGGGCUGGGGAGUCAAGGUUUCAGUUUUCCCUGGAAGAUGACACUCAAAGCCAGCUGCUUGAUGCUGAUGGCUUCUUGAAUGUUGGACAACACAGGAACAAAUACCAGUCCUCAAAGCAUCAGCUGCCACUGGCUAGCAUGGAUGAGAAUGCCAUGGAUGCCAACAUGGAUGAGUUACUGGACCUGUGCUCUGGGCAGUUCAGCAGCCAAGCUGAGCACGUGCCAAACACCAGCAGCACCAAAAAGCAGAACAUGGAGGAACUGCUCAAUCUUUGUUCAGGGAAAUUCGUGUCACAGACAGGUUCUCCAACAUGGGCUUCUUCAGUGUCUUCCAAGGCAGAAAAAGACAGUGACAUAGAAGAUCCAAUGGCAGAGGCUCUGGAGCUCUGCUCAGGCUCCUUUCCCACAGACAGGGAAGAGGAAGAAGAGGAGGAACAAGAAGAACUUGGUGGUUUUCAGCUUUUAACAGAUGAUGAGGCCUGUGCAAGUGAAGAGGAUGAAAAAGGUGAAGAUAGUGCUGCUGAAGAAGCAGAAGUGAGUGAUGAUGAAGAAGAACUGCUGAGACAUAGACCAGGCUCAAAGAAAAAACUAAAACUGCAAGAUUUCAUGGAAGAGGAGGCAGAGCUGUCAGGGAGCGAUGUGGGAAGUGAGGAUGAGUAUGAUGGUGAAGACCUGAACGAAUAUGAAGAAGAGAUGAUCGACGAGGAGCUCCCAAACGAUGCAGAAUUAGGAAACCAAAUACAGAAAUUCCACAUGAAGGCCAUGCUGGACGAUGACAAACGCCAGCUCCGCCUGUACCAGGAGAGGUACCUGCUGGAUGGGGACCUGCACAGCGAUGGCCCAGGCAGGACCAGGAGGUUCAGAUGGAAAAACAUAGAUUUUGCUUCACAGAUGGAUUUGUUCCAGAGAGAUUCAGAUAAUGAGGAGGAGAAUGAAGAGUUUGAUGAGACAGAAGGGAAGUGGAGGAAGGAGCGAUUUGAGCGAGAGCAGUGGCUCCGUGAGCAGAAGGAAAAAAAUAAAGAGCAGGAGGAGGAGGAGGAAGAAAUUGGUGGAGGCAGUGAAUUCAUGAAGCUGGCAAAAAAAGUGACUGCCAAGUCCCUGCAGAAGAAAGCCAGCCCAGCAGUGGUGGCACAAGGCUCAGCUUUGUUACCCAGGAACCCAUUUGAAGCCUUCAGACCUGCCAGUGACAGCCAGAUAAAAAAUGGGUCACUCUUGAACAGACCUAAAGCUGUCCUUCAGAAGCUGGCAGCAAUGUCAGAUCUUAAUCCAAAUGCCCCUCGAAAUUCAAGGAAUUUUGUCUUUCAUACACUUUCACCAGAGAAGAAUGAAGAGGCAAAGGAGAAAUCAAAACCUCAGGUGAAGAAGAGAGGCCCUUCUGCAGUGGUAACAUCAGCAGCAAAGCGGCCCAGGGUAGAAAGCUCAGAGGAAACCAGUCAAAGCAGAAGCAUUUUCCAGUACUUGGAGAGCUGAAUAUUCCUGUUUGGAGCCAGAGAUUGUCUCCUCUUUGCCAGCUGCAAUUUGUUUUGCCAAUCUGCCAGAAAUCACCAGGCAAGGAAACAAAUGGGUGCCACCUCAUUCACAAGUUCCAGUAAUUUCCAGGCAGUGGUUUUGUGCUUUGUUUUUUCUCAGUCCUCUGUGGCAAAUGGGAGCACAAAAUCCAUUCCUGGUUUGGAAUGAAAUGCUGACUUGAUCUUUCCCAAGCAUUAAGGAAACUUCCACUGCUGUGGGCUGUCCUCACAGGUGCUGCAGAGGUAUCAGUUCCACCUGGAAAUGCCAUUGGUGUGAAAAGGAAAUACCUCAGGUAGCUGAAAGCACAAUAAAGGAGGAAUUUCUACAGCUCUGGGGGAGAAUGAAGCAGUGUUUGCCAUGGCAGGACACUUGUUUACACUUGCAGCACAAAGUUUUAGCUGUGGCUCCCUCCAGUGUCUUAUUUUCUUUAACGUUGAGCAUUUAUUAAGCUUCUCCUUUUUAGAAGCUCUAAUUUAUCCUUGAAAUGUUUACUUUGUGGAAAAGGUUCCAGUCUCUUCUGAGGCAAUAUGAGAAGGGUUUCUUUCCAAGUUUUUAUUACUGUUGAUGUCCUUAAACUUGAAGAUGGAUGUGUGUGUGGAGAGGGAAGAAUGUGAGUAACGUGUGGGAGAGGAAAAGGUUUGGGGGGGUUUAUUUGCAUUGGUGGGGGAAGUUGCUGGGGUUGCUUUGGUUUGCCCAACUUCAGGUUAUCUUUAACCAUCCAUUCUGUUGUUUUCAUGGAAGCUGCACUCAUCCAAGAGAAACCAUCCAUUGCUGAGCAGCCAGUAACGAAAGGGCUGCUCUAGAACAAUGGAAUUUAUAAAGACUUGUCACUCACAACUAUUCUAAACAGUGUGACAGGAACAUGAGCCAGUGUCCAGCAUUCCUGAUGUUUCUGAUCUCAAGCUGAAGGUGUUGGAGAGCAGAUAAUGGUGCCACAGGGUCCUGCUCUAAAACUAAACCUCUCUGGGACUGGAUGUCACAUACCUGAGGUGCUGACACUGUUGGAGAAAUGUCUGAGCUGUAAAUUUUGUAACAUCUUGAGCACAUGCCUGGUGUGCUGUGUGUAAAAUAUUUUAUUGUACAGUAUGUUAUAAAGAAUUAUGGUACUAAUUGAAGUGCAACUUUACAAUAAAACAUGUUUUUAAUUUUGGA